AGAAGUGUGAUAGAUGUCAUGUGUAUGAACAACGUAACAUUUAUGUCCCCACUAGACUGGUAAAACACGCCCACACACACACACACUCCGCCCUCCCCUCUCUCAUUUGCGGUCCGUCUCUUUCCUCACUCCCUCCAGCAGCAGCAGCCCGCUGGCAGUGAAAUGUAGCCGGACCUUUGUGCGACAUGAACGGGGCUCAGCUCAGUGAAUUCCCGGACGACUCGGAGCUGCUCGGGCCGUAUGUGAGCGGCCUGAGGCGGAGAGCGCUGCUGGCCGGGGAGCUGUCCGCUGUCAGGACGUUCUCCGAAGGCUUUCUCCUCAAGUUCCUGCGGGCCAGAGACUUCGACGAGGAGCUCUCUCUGAAGCUGUUACUGAACUACCAGCGGUGGCGGAGGGAGAGUCCUGAGAUCAGCACCUGCCUGUCUCCCUCCUCGGUGAUUGGCCUCCUCAACACGACGUACCAUGCCGUCCUCCCGCAGCGGGACCACACUGGCAGCAGGGUGCUCAUCUACAGAAUCGGGCAGUGGAACCCAAAAGACUGGACGGCCUUCCAGGUGUUCAGAGUCAGCCUGAUAACAUCAGAGAUCAUCUCCACUGAGACGGAGACACAGAGACGGGGUCUGAAGGUCAUAUUUGACCUGCAGGGAUGGAGUUUAGGCCAUGCCCUGCAGGUUAACCCUUCCCUCGCCAGAAAGAUAUCCUCUGUACUUGCGGACUCCUUUCCACUGAAAGUCAGAGGAAUCCAUCUGGUUAACGAGCCAUUGUUCUUCCGACCUGUGUUCGCCAUGAUUCGUCCCUUCCUGCCAGAUAAGAUCAAACAGAGGAUCCAUAUGCACGGUGCUAAUUUCCACGACACUUUAAACGACUUCUUCUCACCACCUGUCCUACCUCCAGAAUACGGUGGGGAGGGGCCUAGCAUAGAGGGGGCCUGUCAGGAGUGGACCAAUCAGCUGCUUCAGUCAGAGACACUCUUGCAGCAGAUUGCCACUCACCCAACAGGUGACAUCACUAUUCAUCCUGAGGAGGCCUUGAUUUCGGAGGAACGGGAGACUGAGCAACUCUUAGAGGGAUGAUGUCUCAGACCACACAUGCUGUAUUUAGACUUUGGAUUUAUAACAACCUAACACUCUCUGGCAGCCAUUUUUGAGGCCUUCGCUCAUAAAUACUCACUGUGCAAGAUGUUGGCUGCAUCAAGACAGCUGUCUGUGCAAUUUUUAACAUUUCAGCACUGGUCCAUCUGAUAGCUAGUGUGUGCGUCAUGUUUGCUUGUUAGCUGUCUUCCCUGUUACAUUGCUCAUUGAAAUCUGACCAAAGUGAGACAUUUGUUGUUGUCUAAGUCUAAUUGAAAUGUACAUCUUUGCUUUCUAUCCAAGAGUGGCAUGAAGAAGUCGAUGUCCAUUUCAAGUCUGUGUUUUAAGUACUGACUUUAAAUAAGGAUGUUAGCUCAGCUUAGGUUUAUAGAAGGAAACAGCUAGCUUGGCUCUGUAAGUAAAAAAGAAAAGACCUCGUAAGCGUACUAAUUGUCUUGUAGUGUUAUUUGUCAAGAAAUUACAAAUACAAAUAACAAUAUUUGGGCCUAAAAUUACAAAUUGUUGUUUUUACAUUUCUCUUAACUUCCAUGUGGAACAAACCGGCUCGACUGUGUAAACAAGAGAAUAUUUUCUACCUUGGAAAGAGCCAAGCUAUUGGUUUCUGAACUUAAAGCACAAGCAUGGAGGUGAUAUCAAUCUGCGUAUAAAGCAUUUCUUUAUUUAAAUCGAACUAGUAUCUGCUUAUUGCUCAGUGUUUACAGUUGGUUCAGCUUAAUUUAGCCAACUUUUCUCAAGUUACUGGGACUAAAACUAAGGGUUCCAAAGUCAAAUGUCACGUCCACUUGCAAAGAAACUUUUGUCAGCUCUUUUACUCUUACAGGAAUGUUGCUAUGUUACUGUAUACAAAGAAGAUAAUUUUUUAUAGCUAGACAUUAAUACCCAGCAGUCACUUGUCCAGUGGACCUCAGGGAUGGAAUGCUUUUAGGAGAUUUGUGUAGCAGCUGAAGGGCACAACCUUCAACCAGAGGCCCAAGCGACAAGAACCAAGAAACAAACGGUCAUCUUGCUGUAAAAUCCUGUGAACUCAAUCUAAGCACCACUGUGACAGUUUAAUGCUUUGAAAAAAUACCUUGAGGCCAAAUAGUUUCCACCACAGUGUGUUUUCAUGGACGGGAACGCUGCAGAGAGCAUGAACCCUGACUUCCCUCCAACUCAUCACUCCAUCCACACAGUUAUCUUAUCAGCCAGCCGAACCAAUCCAUCCAGCAUUCUCUUUGUUAAAGUGUAACUCCACCCCAGGUCGGAGCCCAAGUCCACCCACUGCAUCAUUGAGAGAGAAAAAAAAAGGGCAAGGGCCUGAGAGAUGAAACCACGCCCACUUGUGUAUGACUAAAAUCUUGAUGAAGUGUCAACAAAUAUGACAGCUACAGUAGUACAGUAGCUUGGAAAAUAGCAAUGGGAGCGCUGGGAGACUAUUUCGCCAGGAGGAGAGAGGAAGCCAGCUCUGGAGACGGAGCAUUGUGGUUGUGGAAACUUGAAUUCAGCCUGCUCGAACCCUAGCGCCUCUGGGUGUCUUUGGAGCAGCCGUCCACUCUCCUCCUGGCGAAGUAGUCUAUCAGCGGGGAGCAGAGACCCGGCACUGCCACUGGCCACCAGCCCGCUCUUCCACUCAUUUUCUGUAACCAGUGUAGCAUGAAAACAAGGUGGACUUAGCAAGCUAACUAGCCAGCCGCUAAAUGAGUAACAUUUAACAUCUUAAUGCUUCAUCUACACACAUUUGUAGGAAAGCAUAUUUCUAUCCCCAGAUAAUCUGCCAUUAAACAAUGAUUCAACAGACAGCGGCAUUUCUUGUACACAGAAGGAGAGAACAGGCAUGUGCUGUGAUUGUAACGCUGCACAGCUGGCCCUAACAGGCGUGUUUAGCCAUUUUCAACCAUAGAAUGCUGAUUUCUUUAAAGUUGGUAAGACAUUUUAAUAAUACCAACAGCAUUGAUGUGUUUCAUCAUAGUACAGUCAUAUCAUUGAGCUAAUUGAUUCAAAAACACAUUUAUCUGUGAAGUACAUCUUUAUUGACUUAACUGUUUAAACGUUUGCUUUCUUUUCAUUUAUGAUAAGGAACCUUUGACUAUGUUAGGACCAUUAUUUUCAGAAGAUCCCAGGUGUUGUGAAAUUUUUUCUGAAAUUGUUCACAAUGAGUUUAUAAUUAUUUGUAUUAAUUGUUGCCAAACCUACAAUAGGUUCAUAAUAACAGAAUGUUUAUUUAUUUGCGUUGCUAUUUUCAGAAAAGAGAAUGAAUGUAUAUCUUAGGUGCUUUGGUCUUUCUGAGCACAUACAACUGUAUUGACUUUAAAGUUACAUAAGAAAAAGCAAACACAAAAGCUCAAGUUUUAAUGUUGGUAACACAUUUUUAAGUGUUAAAUAAUUUGGUGUAUACAAUAUGAUUUAAAGUUAUUUUUUAAACUUGAAAGAUCUUCUGACUAUUUGAAGCACCCGUGUUGUUGUGUCCUCUUCCCAGAUAUGAGAUAUACUAAAUCUGACCUGUUCAAAAUUUGAAAAUAACUUACAGAGUCUUUUUAAAUAUGUAGAUCUUAUCAUGCUGUACUUUACAUAAAAUGUAAUCAUUUUCCAUUGUGUAGCAAAUUUCAACAAGUGAGUGCAGAUAUAAAUAUACAAUGAGCUGCA